ACGUAUAAAUCCUGCGACUACUGCCACGUCACCCACAAGAGACGUGUGUUUGUUUUCAUGUCAGAAGCUGUUCCUUUUCCGCUGCAUUCAGCAAACACGCAGAGUCCCCGCCAUGUCCACUCUGGAGGACUUCACCCAGGUUCCGCUCCGAACCUGGGCGCAGGUUCUGUCGAAGGUGAAGCAGGCGGUGGUGUUCAUGGACGACAGGUGCGCCGAGGCUCUGCACUGGAGCGGAGGCUUUGCCGCCGUGCUAGAGGCUGGAGCCAGAAACGUCCGACAGUUCUCCAGUUUCGAAGCGUGCGGCGUCCACGAACCCAAAGCGGUGUUUGUGGUGAGCAGCGUGCUGAAGGGCAGGACGGCGGACGUCAUCAGAGACGUCCUGGCUCUCAGCCACUUCCAGUACUGCGUGGUGUUCACCUGCGUGCCGCACUCCGCCCACCUGUUCGCCAACAACGUGCCGGCAGAACUGGAGGGCACGCCGGUGUUCGAGCAGUUCGAGGAGAAGCUCUGCGAGUGGAUGGGAAACAUGAACUACACGGCGGAGGUCCGGUACGCCCCCGUGCUCUUUGCGCCGGUGUCGCAGCAGCUGAUCCUGGCGCCCGCAUUCGCUCACCUGUUUCCGCUGCUCCCGCCUGAUUUACGGGCGAUAAACGCCAAACGACCCGAGAAGAAGAAGCUUGGAGGCCUGCAGGACGUGGACAUGAGCGCGCUCCCCCUGGAGCUGCAGGUUGAAGUCCGGUCUCUGGUUUCUGCCCUGAACCACAUGUUUGAAAGCACAGGGACGAGAGAAGAGAGCUUUGCUGUGGGUCCAAUGAGCCGCAUCAUCGCAGGAGAGCUGGGAAGUCUUCCUCAGGCCAAAACCCGGAGGAAGACUGCUGCAAAGAAGGCUUCCAUCAUCUUUGUGGACCGAACAUUGGAUCUCACAGGUGCUGUUGGUCACCAUGGUGAAAAUCUGGUGGAAAAGAUUUUGACAGCUUUGAAACCGCUGCCUGGACACGUGACUGACGUGCAGGUGGAUGUGUCAGAGCUCACAAGUCUGCAGCAGACCCCCCACACCCACAACCCUCUGGCUCCGGGCUGUCUGGCACAGACUCAAGAGCCUGCAGCACGGCUGCUGUGGGAGGCCAUGCUGACCGGCAAACAGAAAGAGGCAGUGAUGGAGGUCCGCCGGCACCUGGUGGAGGCAGCCAGCAAGGAGAAGCUGCCAAUCAAGAUGAGCAUGGGCCGUGUGACCCCUGAGCAGCUGUGUUCCUACAUAAAGCUGUUCCGGAGUAGUUGGGAGUCCCUGCAGGGCCACAGCGGGGUGCUGCAGCUUGGCCUGGCCACAGCCCAAACUCUCCGACACCCCAGUCUUUCUCGUUGGGACGCCUGCUUGGCCUUUGAGAGGCUGCUCUUGCAGGCUCUGUGCGACUCUGAUUUCCCUGCCGUGCUGAGGCAGCUGCUGCCCUUGAUGAAGCCCCGUGGAGCUGAGGACAGCUCCCCGUCAGGGUCGAGGUUCUUUGAGGACGAGUGUGGGCUGGAGGAGCUGAUCCUCCUGCUGAUCUAUCUGUACUCCCUGGCGGAUGAGGCCCAUCAGGAUGUGAACGAGGGGGAGCUGGACAAGCUGGAGAGAGAGCUGGUCGGAGCACUCACCCUGGUCUUCACACAGGAGAAGGAGCUGAGCCCUCUGGUCCAGAAAAUCACAGGCUGUUCAAAUGCUGAGGAACUGACCACAGAAAGAGCUCACUCUGCUGUGGAGGACAUGUUUGAAACCCUGAGAAGUUUGAGUCAUACCAGAGACCACCUUAAGCAGCUGCGCUCUGUCUACACUGCCAGUGAUGGAGUCCACCAGGCCACCUACCGUCCCUUCUUGAAGCAGAUCCUGGAGGAGGUGUUCCGCCUCGACCGGUCUGAGUGUCCUGACAUGGAGCAUAUGUCUGGAGGCCUGACAGAGCUGCUCAAGACGGGCUUCAGCAUGUUCAUGAAGGUGAGCCGCCCACAUCCCAGUGACAACAAUCUGCUCUUCCUCUUUGUGCUUGGAGGAGUCACACCUUCAGAGCUUCGUCUCAUCAAGGAGACAGUUAACUCACACAAACCAGGAAGUCAGGUGCUGCUUCUCUCCACCCGAUUGCUGCGGUCAACAGAUAUCCCUGAGCUGCUCUUUGCCACUCCACGGCUGGUGCCAGAUAUCGGCGUCUAAAAAGAGGGUCACGAAGGCACAGCCCUGUGAACGCUCACCUCUGCUCUCUGAACCAUCAGAAAUCCACAUUCCUGACCUGCAGGCUUCCAAUGUUAGGGCUAAAAUCCAUCAAGUUGUUUUCAUACAUGAGGCUGAGCUGUAAGUCGGCUUUUCAACACUAGUGUGAACUCUACAGCAGAGAGCACACCACCGAAAGGAAACACACCCUCUGAUGGCAGCAGCAUCACCUCACCACGUUCUGCCAUGACGCAGAGGAGCAGAAGAAUUUCACACAGUCUGCUGAGGUCUGCACUGCCGCCUCCACCUCUGCUGGAAUCAUCUUGGCCUGAAUGAACGCAGUCAUGCCAGUCGCCUCCACACUUUGCAAAACUCUGAAUGACCAGGGGAUUGUUCUGUAAGGAAACAUCUGUGGGAAAUCUCUCAUCUUCAUAAAAAAUAAAGCAGUUUGAAAAAAGA